GAAGCUAGGAGUUUAAGUUUAGAGCAUUUCACACAGUGGCGUCGCUUGUGUUAUACAUUUACAGUUAGACGUCACUUAAAGAAGAAAGAUGCAGAAGAAGGUUGCUGGUGUGCUCUUUGUAAUAGCGGCGUUUGGCGUGUUAAAACUGGAUGCCGCUGCGAAACUUCCGUGGCAAGUGUACAAGCGAACCUCUUCUGGUUACACGACAAGAGAGGAGGCGGCGAUCUUAAAGCGACACAACGAGAUGAGAAGAAGCGUUAGUCCGUCAGCUUCAAACAUGAGAUCUAUGGUAUGGGACAACGACCUGGCCCUGAUAGCCAAACGCUGGGCAAACAAAUGCGAAUGGCGACACGGGAAUAUAAAACAGGGGACGCCAUACGCCAACGACUACCUCGGCCAAAACCUUUACUCCUCCACCCACCCGCCUUCGACCACCGUGGAGCCCAUGAACUCUUGGUUUGCAGAGAAGAAGGACUAUUCCUAUGCCAGAGACACGUGCAAGCCCGGUGAAAUAUGCGGCCACUAUACUCAGCUUGUAUGGGCCAACUCGUACCGCUUAGGCUGCGCUUUCAAGGAAUGUCGACGAAAUUCUCCGUUUGGAACCUCGAAGUGGUACUACUCGGUGUGCAACUAUUAUCCUGGUGGAAACAUCAUAGGAAGAAAGCCCUACAAGACUGGAAGACCAUGCAGUAAAUGUGCAGCACAGGGAAACACGGGAGAUUGUGUGCAGGGAUUGUGUGCCACUACCUACCAGUGUGAUCGUGAACCAGAAAGCUGUGGUCUUGAAAACACCUGCGGCCGUGUCAUCGAGUGUGACAACGGCGGAACCCCUGACUACGACACCUGCGGCUGCCGCUGUCCCCCAGCCUACGGCGGAAGAACCUGCAGGGCAGCGAAGUGUUCUGCGGUCUAUAAGUGUCAAAAUGGCGGGAAGUUUGAUUACGAUUCCUGCACGUGUCAGUGCACAGAGUUUUUUGCAGGAAGGACGUGCGAGCGAGCCAAAUGCAGCGAACUGGGUCAAUCCGGAAAGGACGUGUAUUGGUGCUCCACGGUCGGUCCGGAAUGGUGCCAGCCAGGAUUCCAUCUUGUAGGAGAACCCGAAGACCAAGAGAUUCGGUAUAAGUACUGCCCCAGGAAAUGCGGGAUAUGUUAAAGUAUUUGGGGCGUGGUCGAAGCAAGGAUCACGAUCUGUGAAUUAAAUCAACGUGUGAUUAUUGUGAAGUUGUUGUGCUAAUUUCCAGCUGCAGCGAAUCGUAAUUACGCUGUAUACAAUAUGCCUGAAAGAACAGUUUCUCUAGACAGUGUCUGGUUAUUUCAUUUUUAUACAAUGCUGUUUUGACUGUCGUUGUGAACACAUCCUUGUAGCUAUAGCGUGAUAUCAAAAUGACAGCUAAAUGAACUACUUUUGCCACCACGAAUUUUCUGGGAUAAGCUAAGGCGUAUAAGUAACGCAAUAUUUGCGCGAGUGUAAAAAUAUCGACACAUAAACUGCCGACAUGUGAUGCUGUAUAUGUAUGAUUCUACCGGUAUAAUUAUAGUUUUGACAUAUA